GGCCAAACCCCUAGCUAAUCCAAACCCCAACCCCACCACCACCGCCACCAUGGCCGACGACGAGCCCACCGCCGCCUCCUCCUCCCCCGGCGAGGAGGACGACGACGAGGGCACCGACAGCGACGAGUCCAACCCCGGCCACCACGCCGCCGCGGACGCCUCGCAGGGCCCACCGCCCCUCGUCCCCGACGCCGCGGCCCCGCCUCACCUUCCCGUGUCCUCCGCUCCGGAGCCCACUGCCGCCGCAAUUCCGCAGCCGGGGGCGGGGACGGACGACUCGAGGCGGCUGUUCCAGCGGCUCUGGACGGACGAGGAGGAGCUGCUCAUCCUGCGCGGGUUCCUCGAGUUCACGGCGCGGCGGGGCACCACGUUCGCGUCGCACCAGUACGACACGGGCCCUUUCUACGACGAGAUCCGGCGGAAGCUCUCCUUCGAGUUCACCAAGAGCCAGCUCAUUGAGAAGCUCCGCCGCCUCAAGAAGAAGUACCGCGUCUGCGCCGGCCGCAUGGCCGCCCAGGGCGGCGCCUUCGCGUUCAAGAGCGCGCACGAGGGCGCCAUCUACGACCUCGCCCGCCACAUCUGGCCCCCCGCCCUCAAGCGCGACGGCGCCGGCGGAGGCGACGCCUCGGACGAAGACGACAUCAACCCCUCCGCCGCAGCUGCCACCGCUGCGGCGACGGCGCCCGGUGCGAUGGAGGAGGGUUUUGGCGGAAGCGCGCCCGCGUCCACGCCCACGCCCACGCCCACGCCCACGCCCACGCCGAGGGGCAAGGGAGGGCGGCGCGUCCGGCGGAGAAUCGCGCAAGAGCCGGAGGCCCCAGCACUGCUGCCUUCCACGCCUUCGCUGAUUUUAACCGAUGGAGCUCAUCAGGAGUCGCUUGUUGCUGCCAUGGGAAACUCAAUUCCACGGAUUGCACAUUUGCCACCGGUGUCGGAGUCUGCACCAGUGCCAGUGACUGCCAGUGGUGCCAAUGAGGAGGCUGUCCGGUGCAUUCUCUCACCACUACUGAAGGAGUUUAUCAGCUCAGUCGCUAUGGCUGGACAGGCUGGUGCAGGAUUGGGCUUGGGCAUGGGAUUUGGGGCUGCUGGAUGUGCUGAUAUUGCUGGCCUUUUUGGCAUUGCCAGUAUGAACCCUGGGGUGCCCAAUGUAGAUAAGUGGAAACAGCAGCAGAUACUCGAGCUAGAGGUUUAUCUGAAGAGGAUUGAGCUUAUGCGCGAGCAAGUCACCGCGGCUCUAGAAGAGCUCAGGUCAUCAGAAGAUUGCGCGUUUGCUGGUUAUUGUCAGAAUUGACAGAAGAAAUUGGAAAUUGAAUAAACCACACAACAACUAUUGGAUCCACAACCAUCACUUUAUUGUUUGUUUAUUCAUCAACAUAGUUUGCUCCUCUGGAAUUUUUUAUCAAAGGUUGUUGGUGCCUGUCAUCUUUUGGCAGCUCCUGUCACUAAGUUUUCACUAUCUUGUAUUGAACACCUUGGUGAUUUUUUCUGAACCUUUUGUAAACAUUCAGUGUGACUGGUAGGCUGUCUGUUCCAUUGGAUUGCGUCAUGCAAUCAAUGUUUUCUUGCUAAAUAACCUUGGAAUCGACAACAAUCUCCUUGCUUAAUUUUCUUUGCAAUAUGAUAGUUGAAGAAAUAUGAAGAAAAAAAUGGAAGAAUCCAUUUUG